UUUUUUGAACAAACAGCUGUUCUCGCAGAUUUCAAGCGACGCCACAACCACCACCACCUGCGUAAUGAGUAAUUCGUUAACAAUUGUUACAAAAUAACCAAAUCCUUGGCAAGGGCUGUUCUACAAAUUCAAACUGGAGCGAAAAGACACUGAGAAGCUAAGCUGGAGCGCAGAGACAACAAAAAAGCUGAGGCGAAGAAGACAGAACUGAAGCCAGCGAAAAAUAAAAACAAUAAGAAAGAAAAAACAUGUCGAAGGCGGUGAAUAACAUGAACAUGGCCAUUGUGGAGCCGCAGGAGCGCAUGAAAUACCUGUCCCACUGCGGCAAUCUCAUCGAUGUAGACAAAAAUAUGCCUGUCACGCGCUACUACCGCGCCGGAACGGAGAUGCUGCGCAUGGCCAACGUCUAUUUGAAUGAGGGCAACCAUGAGAACGCGUUUAUACUCUACAUGCGCUACAUGACGCUCUUCAUAGAGAAGAUACGCCAGCAUCCCGACUAUGCCAGCGUUAAGACCGAGGUGAAGGCCAUCAAUAAGACGAUUAAAGACGAGAUCAUGCCCACAACGGAAAAGCUGCGCACCAAGCUGCUGGGCCAGUAUCAGCGUGAGUAUGAGCAGUUUUUGGCCAACAAGGAGGCGGAGCGUAUGCGCGAACAGGAACGUGAGCGCCAGCAACAGCUGGCCAACAAGAAAGCAGCGGCAGCGGGCACUGUUCCUUCCCUCAUACCCGCCAAUCUGCAUGUGCAAAUAGAUCCGAGCAACCAGCCAACUGCACCAGACCUGGGUCUACUGGACCAGGUGGUCUAUCCAAACGAUUUUCCCACGGGUACCAAUCGUAACCACUUACCCAAUUCUGGUCUGCUGCUGCCCGCAGUAGCUGAUGCAGGCGCUGACAGGACAGCCAACUCGACCUCGAAACCCGGCUUUGAUCGCAGCCGUAAGCCGCAAUACAACCGCACUGAUUCGCUGCUGGCGGGCUCGCUGCGCACCGUCAAUGUACCUGGGGAUACCAUGGAAGUGUUCUUGAAGUUGGCGCGUGCCAAUACCUCCAACAACAUUGAGACUUGUGGCGUGCUGGCAGGCCAUCUGGCGCAUAACCAGCUCUAUAUUACGCAUAUUAUUACGCCGCAACAGCAUGGCACGCCGGACAGCUGCAACACGAUGCACGAGGAGCAGAUCUUUGAUGUCCAGGAUCAAAUGCAGCUCAUUACGCUCGGCUGGAUACAUACCCAUCCCAGUCAAACUGCAUUUUUGUCCUCCGUUGACUUGCAUACGCACUGCUCCUACCAGAUGAUGAUGCCCGAGGCAAUCGCCAUCGUCUGUGCGCCCAAGUACAAUACAACUGGUUUCUUUAUACUCACGCCUCAUUAUGGCCUGGACUACAUUGCACAGUGCCGGCAAACCGGCUUUCAUCCGCAUCCCAAUGAUCCGCCGCUGUUCAUGGAUGCACAGCAUAUUAAAAUGGAUGACCAGGCCAAGAUCAAAGUCAUCGAUCUGCGCAGAUAGUAUGCUGAGGUUUUAGUCUAAAGCAGCAGCCAAAAUCAACCAGCUAAUAGCACAUUGAAGCCGCGUACUUGGUCAACCCACUGGACGCAGAAGCAGCGAAUUUAACAAAUGCUAUAAGACAAAACUCAUUGAGACAACAAAAGCAGUCGCUUGCGAUUAUCGAAAUUUAUGUUGGAUCAAUCCAAAUGCAAAACAUACACACUAUAGCGACUAACGAUUUUAGGAGUACGUGAUAAACCGCGAGAUUACAAAAAAUCUACAAUUCUAUCGUAGCAAACCUACAGAAAACGACAUAUUUUGCGAGUAUGUACAGUUGUAUUUUUGCAAGAAAUUAAUCGAUGAGGCCAUUUAGAACAGAUAAAUUAGCAUUCUUUCAGCUUUUAGUUCAGGCGUGGCAAUUUAUACGCAUUUUAAGGUCUGCAAUAUGAAAAUUAAUUUAUGUGAUUUACAAUUGUGGCUUAUAUUUUUGUUAAAACUAAUUUUAUGUGUGCAUGUAUUUAUUAUGUCUGUCAAGGAAUUAUACACUCUAUACACCGCUACUAAAGCAGCUAAUGCAAAAUCUUUGAAUAAUGAUAUUUAUAUAUUUACCUAAUAUUGCUAAAAA